UUUGUAUAUCGAAAUUUCAAUAAACCACAAACAAAGCACGCCCGGCCUUCACCCGUCUGCCUUCGUCUUCGAAUCUUCCGAAAAAAACAAAAGAAAAAAAAAGAAAUCGAAAAAUCCGUACCUCCCCCGGUUGCAGAAAUCUCUGGAAACUGAAGAACAAAUUAACGUACAGUAGGUAAUGAUGAGCUCCUUCUUUCCGCGGAUUCCUCUGUUUCUCACUUUCUUGCUUCUGUUAUCAUCACACCAUGCUGUACGUGCUGAAUUUCCAUCCAAGUUUCUGAAUAUGGCCAAAAGUCCCGAGCAAUUCGAGUAUAUGGUGAGAAUCCGGAGGACUUUGCACGAGAAUCCGGAGCUCGGGUAUGAGGAAUUCGAGACGAGCAAACUCAUCAGAAAUGAGCUCGAUAGAAUGGGGAUACCGUACAAAUCCCCAAUUGCUAUCACCGGGGUCGUUGGAUAUGUCGGCACGGGACAUCCGCCAUUCGUCGCUAUUAGAGCCGAUAUGGACGCCCUAGCUAUGCAGGAAGCUGUGGAAUGGGAGCAUAAGAGUAAAGUUCCUGGGAGGAUGCACGCUUGCGGGCAUGAUGCACACGUUGCAAUGCUGCUCGGUGCUGCAAAAAUGCUCCAGGAGAAUCGCAUGGAUUUGGAGGGUACUGUCCUACUGGUUUUCCAACCGGCGGAGGAGGGUGGUGGCGGAGCAAAGAAAAUGGUGGAGGCCGGGAUAUUGGAGAACGUCGAUGCAAUUUUUGGUUUACAUGUUUCGACCCGCCACCCAUUAGGCGCAGUUGCUGCAAACUCAGGUCCUAUUUUAGCCGGAAAUGGAUUUUUCGAGGCGAAGAUUACAGGGAAAGGCGGCCAUGCUGCGAUUCCACAGCAGAUUAUCGAUCCUGUUGUGGCGAGUUCGAGCAUUAUAGUUAGCUUACAGCAUCUGGUGUCGCGCGAAACUGAUCCACUCGACUCUCAGGUAGUGACAGUCGGAAAGUUCCAGGGUGGCCGGACGUUCAAUGUCAUCCCGGAUACUGUCACUUUAGGCGGCACCUUUCGAGCUUUUUCCAAAGAGAAUUUUAUGCAGCUCAAACACCGUAUUGAAGAGGUUAUCAUCCGGCAAGCCGGCGUGCAAAGGUGCAACGCAAGUGUAAACUUCUUGUCGCCUUUCUACCCGGCGACAAUCAACGACGCCCAUUUGGACAAACAUUUCCGGGCAGUGGCUGAGACCAUGUUGGGUGACGGCAACAUCAAAGAUCUCCAGGCGUCUAUGGGAGCUGAAGACUUUGCAUUUUUUGCCGAGGCAAUACCGGGAUACUUCUACUUUGUGGGGAUGGCGAACGAGACGGAGGGCCUUCUAGAAUCCGGACAUUCCCCGUACUUCAGGGUGAAUGAGGCUGCGCUGCCUUAUGGUGCUGCUCUGCAGGCGUCAUUGGCAGCAACAUACCUCCGGGAGCACCGCCAGGGACCGGUCCCGAGCUCGCAUGAUGAACUGUAAGUGAGGUGAAUGUUUUGUUUUUGGUCUAUUUGAUGAUGGAUUAGUGUUUCUAUAAUUGCUAAAUUAUAACUCAUUUAACUUUUGCAUGUGAAUAUGGAUAUAAUGGUAUUUAUAGAUGUGUAAUACUCCAUCCGUUCCAAUAUAAUAGUCUUGUUUACCA